AUGGCCUCCCGACCGACCGUCACGAUCCACGGUGCCGAUGGCAAGCCCACCAGCACCUCGCAGCCCAUCCCGGCUGUGUUCCUGAGCCCUAUCCGCCCGGACAUCGUUCAGCAGGUGCACACCGGCAUGGCCAAGAACAAGCGCCAGCCGUACUCCGUCAGCGAGAAGGCCGGCCACCAGACGUCUGCCGAGUCUUGGGGCACGGGCCGUGCUGUCGCCCGUAUCCCGCGUGUGUCUGGUGGCGGUACUCACCGUGCCGGCCAGGCUGCCUUUGGUAACAUGUGCCGGUCCGGCCGCAUGUUCGCGCCGACCAAGAUCUGGCGCAAGUGGCAUGUCAAGAUCAACCAGGGCCAGAAGCGGUUCGCCACGGCCUCGGCCGUUGCUGCGUCCGGCGUGGCCCCCCUGCUGCUCGCCCGCGGCCACAAGAUCUCGAGCAUCCCCGAGGUUCCCCUGGUCGUCGACUCGGCCGCGUUUGCCGAGGCUGCGUAUGCCAAGACGGCCAAGGCCGUUGCUCUGCUGACUGCCCUUGGUGCUGGCGACGAGCUCAGCAAGGUUCGCAACAGCAAGAAGCUGCGUGCCGGUAAGGGCAAGCUCCGUGGCCGUCGGUACCGCCAGCGCCGUGGCCCGCUCUUCAUCUACGACCCCGAGGUCGACGGCAAGGAGCUCGUGCACGGCUUCCGCAACAUUCCUGGCGUUGAGACCAACUCGGUCUUUGCGCUCAACCUGCUGCAGCUGGCCCCCGGUGGCCACCUCGGCCGCUUCGUCAUCUGGACGUCGGCUGCCUUUGCUGCCCUCGACAAGAUCUACGGCUCGACCACGGCGCCGUCGGCCCUCAAGAAGGACUUCCUGCUACCGUCCAACAUCAGCGUCCUGCGCGCGCCCAAGGGCGAGGCACGGACGAAGCGCGGUGCUGUUCUGAAGAAGAACCCCCUGCGCAACAAGCAGGUGCUGCUGCGUCUCAACCCCUACGCUGCCACCUUCAUCAAGGAGAAGAUCGGCCAGCAGAAGCUCAAGACCGAGAAGGCCGCUCCCGUGCCGCCCAAGUUCAAGCAGCUGCUGAACGAGGUAUAA